AUGUAUCUACCACAAUGUAAUAAUAUGUAUGGGUGAGUUAAAAAAAGAAAAAAGAUAGGGUUUCAAAUUUCUUGGAUACAGUUGCCCUUGGACAUGUUCUGUAAAUUAGAUGAGUUGUUAUUGGUAACAUCACCCGGCAACUUCAAGUCUCAUCUUAUGUUAUUAUACAGACUUAAGAAGUGGCUUAGACACAUGGUGGAAGGCUAAAAUGUAUAGUCUAUUACAUUAGGUGAUGAAACAUUUGAUAUUUAUUUUGAAAAUUUUUAAGUUUUGAUAAGAUACAUCUUAAAAUUCUCUACUACAGUGAUCUACUUUUACUGAGAUCUAGAACCCAAAGAAUCUCUGAAAAAUAUGGUGAUUAGUUGAUGGAAUUUUUGAAACAGUGUAAACAUUAUUCGUUUUUUAUUCAAAUAUUCUAGAAUUACUGUCAUCUGUAUAUUCUUGUCUUCCUGUAGUCAACAAUGCCGAGGUUCUCUAGUUCUUCACAUUUUUUGGAACACACACAAUUGUGAAUUGAAAUUCUUUGAAACUGUGAGAAAUGUUAUCUAAUUUUUUGAAACAGUGAAAAGUUUCUCGAAACAUAAAGAUCAACAAAUACGAUGACAUUAUUAUUCUGUGAUAACUUGAAAAAAAUGUAUAAGUUUUGAAACAGUGAAAAUUUCACAAGUUUUUUCACACUAAUAUUUUCAUCGCUCUCAUUUUCCAUCAAAUCUGUCCCCAUUAACAUUAUAAAAAUAAUUAUCUAAAUGUUGGUUACCGAAACAAUACUUGCCCAAUUCGCAGAUGUUGUCUGUCCUUUUUCCCGUUUUCCUUAAGUAAUAUAUAGUUAUUAUUACACGCAAAAAAGGCGGUCGCCCCAAUAAUUACUAUAAGCAGGAGGAAAACACCUGUUGAGUUAGGCUAACUCCUCAUUUUGAAUUAUUAUUUUUUCUAAUAUGACGAUUUGCAGUUCGGUGACACCAGCCACAUACAAUGUUUAUGCACCGGAUACAACUGGAUAUGCCGCAUAUUAUCAGGUGAGUUUCUAAAUUUUCUUGAAAAAAAAACAUUUUGUCUUGAAAAUUUUACGUUUCAAAAAAUUUUGAACUAGUGGAAUUGAAUUUAUGGUUAGUCGAUUUUGAAAAUUCAUUAAAAUAUCUAAAUGAAAUUUGAACUUGAACAUAAUUUAUAAAAGCAGAUUGUAUGAACAAUCCAAGUGUAAAUUUUACCUGAAAAAUCUCAAAAAAAAACUAACUUCCCAAAACCCCAACAUUGCCAGUAUUCUGCAAACAUGCAGUCAAGUCCACAAGAUAACGGCGGUUACGGUAUGGUUCUCCAUCCGAGUCAAAAUCAAGGCGGUGGUGCACAAUCACCGCAUUCAAUAGAAGACAGCGAUGGAAAUCUUGGACAAUCAACUCGAGCGUCGCCGGCUACGGUAGGAUACGGGAACCAGGAGGUCUACUAUUUUUUGCUAUCCCUUUUUUUCAUGUUUUGUCUUUUGUUUCACUGUCUUUUGCAUGAGGACAUGAGAUCACAGAAAAGCAUGAUUUUGAAUCGGACUGUUUGGGAUUUCUAGGCCUUGAAAAUUUGGCUUCUUGGAAUCCAAGAGUAAACAUUUUAAAAAAUCUUUUUUAAUCCAACUCUGAAAUCCAACUCUGAAGUUUCCCAAAAAAUAUCCUAUUUUUUCCGGAAAUUAGAUACGCUAAAAAGUUGGCGAUUUAAAGUUAGCCACUUUCGUUUCACACACUUUUCUAUUUUUUCGCAUAAACCCUUACGGGUUCCCAUAGAAACCUUUCUCAUUUUUCUACUUUUUUUCGACUUUUGUUGAAUGGACCAUUUAUUAACUAUUAGUACUUAUUAGACGAAAAAAAAAACGAAAAAGAAAGCCAGAAACAAAAUGAGUUAUUCAUUUCGUUGAAAAUUUCAUAUAUUUUUGAGUAUUUCUGGAAAUAAAAAGAAUAUAUGUUGGAAGUUAAACAUGUAAGUUUCUUUUGAAAUUUGAAAUUUUUGAAAAAUUAAUGAACAUUUUGAACAGUAUUUUCUACUAACCCGGAUUGGUUUUAGAAAACCGAGAAAGCUUAAAAAAUAGUUAUGAAAGUUUUGAAACAGUAAUUUUUUUAUUAAAAUUUUCCGAAGUAAUUUAUUUCAAUAAUUUUUGAAUUAUUUGAAACGUAAUAAAUUUGAAAGACGUAAUAAAGAGAAUAAUUCAAAAAUGAAAUAAAGAAAGAUGAUAUGCAAAGUUUGAGAAACCGUUAGCGAAUCAUUUAAUUUUGAAUGAAUUAUAUCUUCUGAUAUUGAAACAGCAAAUUUUCUAGAAAAUCAAAAUUUCGCAAUAAACCUUGUUCCAACAACAAAAAGGUCCUUUUUCCUCUCCUAAUAUUUUCUUUCUCUUUUUUCGCUUCAAAAAGGCUCCUAAAUACCGGAAAUGGUGUGUCAAGCGAUUCAGAAUCUUUUCCUUUUCUCUACUUCUUCCACUUUCCACUUUUUAUUUUAUUUCAUUUUUAUUCACUGUUUCAAAAACACACAUAUUCCAACUAUCUAUCUUUCUAAAAACAUCGAGUUUUUUGAUGAGGCUCUUUUUUGAUAUAAGAAGCUGGCUACUAUAGCAACCAUCCUGAAGAAAAUCCCGAAAAAAGAUAACACACACUCACUUUUUCUUCUUGACUUUUUCUUGCGCAGCAGCGAAAAAAAAAACGAAGAAGAUAAGAAGUUUUUAUCUGAGAGAGGAAGAGGAAUUUAUUUUUUCUCAUUUUCAUUUUUUGGUUUUGAAAGUGAGUGUCGAUGGGAAGUAGUUCAAUUGAUGGCUUGAUUUCUGAAUCGAGGUUACAUGUGAGUUGGAAAAAUAUUAUUGAGGUACUGUAGAUUCAGGAAAGCAUUUGGAAUUUUUGUGUAAAAGAUUUAUUUGGAAGGAGAUCUGGAUUUAGCUAUUUCAGGUUACUGUAGCUUUAAAUAAUUUAGUGAUGUAAUUUUGAAUUCAAAAAUUAAACUUUUUUCAUAGGUCAAUUUACGGCUAGGAUUACGGUAACUUGAUUUUUCCAAAAGAUCUAGUUUUUGAAAAAUUAGGAAGUAGAUCAAAAAAGAGUUCUAGAACUAUAACUACAAAAUUUAUUCGCAAAAAUGUUGUCAUAUUUUCACCAGGUACGAGAGUACUGUAGAUUUGUGAAUCAAAAUUUUAAAACAUGAAAUCUGCACUGGGAAACUGACAUUUUUUGGAUUUUCGAUUUAUGCAACCCAAAAAUGUAUCAGAAAAAAAAAAAGAAAAUUUGGAUUUUUGGAAUGAAUACAAAGUUUUCUUGAAAUCAGAAACAGAGAAAAAAAAAAUCGAAAAUUUUGUAAAUUCUUUUGACUUUUUUGAAGAUAAACUUUGGAAAUUCGAAUUUUCCGGAUUUUUCAAAAAAAAACUUGCACUGUCUUUUUCUGUCCGCAUGCUCUUUCUGUCUUUUCCAAAUUUUCCAACAAAAAAAAUCAAAUUUUUGAUUUUUGACUCAAAAAAACUCAAUUCGGGUAUCAAUAUGUACUAAUUUCUCAUUUUUUCGGUCUCCACGGAAACCACAAAAAUCUUCUUCGGAUUAGAAAAAAAUCAUGGCGAAUUUAUCUUCUUAUUUUUCAAAAUAAAGUGAAGAAGAUGAGCAUGUGAAUGAACAGGAAUGAGAUAAAUGGAAUUCGAAAAUUUUGAAAAUAAUUCUUGAUUUUUUGCAGAUUCAAUGGUUGCUUGAUAAUUACGAGACUGCUGAUGGAACAUCUUUGCCACGGUGUACACUUUAUGAUCAUUACAAAAAGUGAGUUGGCAAAAUUUUACAAAAAAAAAUUAAAAGUUUCGAUAUCACCAACUGGUUUCUCAUUGUUCUGAUAGACGCGAUUUUUUCAAUCUCAAAAAUUGACUGUUUCAAAAUAUAGUUAUUCGUUUUGAGAUUUCACAUUUUUUCAUUAAUCUAUCGAACAUAAAUCUUUGCAAAAGUCAGAAAGUUUUCGAAAAAGUUGACUGUUUCAAACAAUUCCUAUGUUUCUUUCGAUUAUGGAAAAAUGUGAUCAGAUGUGUUGAGUUGAAAUUUCGAAAUUUUACUGUUUCAAAAUUAACUAUAUUUAGGCAUUGCACCGAACACCGUCUCGAUCCAGUCAACGCGGCUUCCUUCGGCAAACUAAUCCGCUCAGUUUUUCUCGGUCUCCGAACUCGUCGACUUGGAACUCGCGGAAACUCAAAAUACCAUUACUACGGUAUUCGAAUAAAACCUGAAAGUCCUCUGAAUCGACAUAAUCAACAUUCACAAUACACUUGUCCACCAGAUAGUUAUGCAGAUACUGUAAAUACAGUAGCCGCUGUCAGAUAUAAUAGUCCACCCGAAUCUCGUCCAACUCAACAACAACAUCAACAACAACAUCAGCAACAAAAUCAGCAACAGCAACCAUUGAUUGGAGAACCGGCAGCGAAAAGAAUGAAGACAACACAUUCAUCGAGUUCUUCGUCUUGUAGAGAGUUAGUUUAGAGUCGAUCUAUGUUUUGUUCAAUUUUAAACCCAAUAUUUUUUUGCAGCAGCACAUCGCCAGCAAUUGAUAUGAAUCAACCACUUCCUCCACUUCUCAUUCAAAAUCCAAACCAAAAUAUUAGCAUAAAUCUGAACCACAUGCCAAACUCAAACCAAAAUCAAAUUCAACAUCAAAUUGCACCAACUUCACUUAUCGCAUCUCCAAUAAUUGCACCAAUUUCUGACACAACUCUUCAAAUUCAACAAAUUGGAGCACAAGCACAAAAUGCACAACAAUUGGCUGCGCAACCACAAUCUGCGAUUCAAAUUCCGCAAGAAAUGUAUACACCUUAUAUGACGAUUCAUGAUCGUGUUAGUCUUGGAACAAAUGAGAUGCCUUAUAUUCCAUUUUCGAAUUCGAUUAGUUUGGAGUCGACUAUGAGGUUGGUAUUUUAGAAUUCGAAAAUAAUUGAAGGUUCUCUUUGGGAUCUCAUUGUCAGAAUAUUCACAGGUGGCUUUAGGAUUUUGAUAAAAAAUUACUUUAUCAAAUUUUAAAGCUCUUCACAAAAUUUAUAGAAAUUUUGAAACAGUGAACUGAAAAAAAUGCUCAACCUCUCUCACAAUCUGUAAUAUCUUCAGAAGGUAUUAUUUAAAAAAAUACCAAAAUUCUUGCAGCUUUCGCAAACUUGGUCUCGACUUUGAUCACAUCGAAAAAUUCAUAAACUCCUAUCACAAUCUCUGCAAAGAAGUCCUCCAUCAAGUCAAAAUUCUUGAAUUCGAAAGCAUCGAAGAUUGUUGGGUGAAAUUCUGGCAUGGCUCAGAUUAUUUGAUAACAAAGGAAGAAUUAAUUGCAUUAUGCACUUUGGAACCAAUUCAAGAUUAUAUGAUUCAAUUAGAUUUGGCUCUGUAUCAAAAUAUCGUAGAUUGUUUGAUCCCAAAUGUUUUGAUGUCUCAAUUAACAGCAAAUCUAACUCAAGCAUGUCGAAACUUUGCGAAAAAUAUUGACAUCUAUUUGAAAAAAGCCAUCCAAAAUUGUGGAAUUUCGGAAGAUUUGGUGAAAAAGAAAAUGCAGGCGAUAAAAUAUAUGCAACAAGGAUUGAGACGAUAUACAUCUUUGAAUCAUUUAGCACAAGCUGCACGAGCUGUUCUACAAAAACAAGAACAAGUUACACAAAUGUUUACUGAUUAUAUGAGAGUUGAUAUGAAUCAAGUGCAUGAACAAGCUGGUUGGAUUUGUGGAUGUGAUACAUUGAUGGUUCAACAUGUCAAUUUGGCAUUUAAGGCAAAUUUGCAAAGAAUUGCACCGAUGGUUGAUUGGGCUGAAUGGUUGGAAAGUAUUGUUGAUCAGGUUAGAUUCUUUUUUAAAUUUCAUUUUUCAGAUGGAACAAUUUUUGACAUUGAGGUUGCGGCUAUUGAUUUUUCAAUAAUACUUUUAUAAAACCUACAUUUCCCAAGAGAAUCUCGAAAAUUUAAUUGUUUUCACUAGUAAAGCUUGAAAAAGUUUCAAUUAAGUUUUGGUCUGGAAUUCAGGAUUUUUCGCCUGAAAAUUACAACUGUUUCUGUUAAAAUCUAUGAAAUAUUGUGAUUAUAAUUUGCCAGCCCAGGAUCAAGUUAUUCGAAUACAUUUAAAAGAAAUUGAAACAGUGAUUUUUUUCAUUAAAAAAAUAUUUUCGCUGAAAUAAUAAAAUCUAGCGAAUCAAUAUCAUAAUCAAAACCUCACUCAAAAAUUAAUAAAAUUUUUUGAAAAAGUAAUAUUUGCAGGUGCUCGCAAAAUACCACGAUAAACCAGCUGAUGCAAUCGCAAAUGUUGGCAAACAAUUCCUGUUGAACUGGAGUUUCUACACAUCAAUGAUAAUUCGAGAUUUGACUUUGAGAUCUGCAACAUCUUUCGGAAGUUUUCAUUUGAUUCGAUUACUUGCUGAUGAUUAUAUGUAUUAUCUUAUUGAAUCGAAAAUUGCUAAGGUUUGUUGGAUUUUGAGGGUGUUAAUACAAAGAAAUUUUCAAAAAAAAAACCUUGUUACAUGACAAAAUUCUUAAUUUUUUGCAGGCUGGAAAGCAACAUUUGAUAACAGUAAUUCGACAAGACAAAGAUUAUCCACUUUUCAACGAACAACACGAGUAUAUUAUUCCAUCAGCCAACGAUUUAAAUAAUAUCAAUGAUAUUGAAAAUAUUUAUGACGAAUCUGAAAUUUUACAAAUGUAA